AUGACCGACCCCGUCCGUGUCCUGGUCAAGCGUGAUGAGUUGACACUGGAGGGUAUCAAGCAAUACUUCAUUGCUGUUGAGAAGGAGGAGUGGAAGUUCGACACACUUUGCGAUCUGUACGACACCUUGACUAUCACCCAGGCCGUUAUUUUCUGCAACACCCGCCGAAAGGUCGACUGGCUUGCCGACAAGAUGCGUGAGGCCAACUUCACUGUCUCCAGUAUGCACGGCGAGAUGCCCCAGAAGGAGCGUGAUAGUAUUAUGCAAGACUUCCGUCAGGGAAAUUCUCGUGUCCUCAUUUCUACUGAUGUCUGGGCCCGUGGUAUCGAUGUCCAGCAAGUCUCUCUUGUUAUCAAUUACGAUCUGCCUACCAAUCGUGAGAACUACAUUCACCGUAUUGGUCGAUCUGGACGAUUCGGCCGCAAGGGUGUGGCCAUCAACUUUGUCACCAGCGAUGAUGUCCGCAUCCUUCGCGACAUCGAGUUGUACUAUUCGACCCAAAUUGAUGAGAUGCCAAUGAACGUUGCGGACUUGCUUUCAUAA